AUGUUUGCAUCGUCAGUGAUCAACGGAGCUCUCUCAGCUCUUGCCACAACCUUUGGCAGCGCAAUACCUACUUGGAAGUACAUCUACGUGCUGGUCGGUUCUAUCUCGUUUGUGUGGUCCGUCGUUAUCUUUUGGUUCCUACCAGACUCUCCAAUCAACGCCAAAUUUCUGACCGAGCGCGAGAAGGUGUUUAUGGUUAAGCGUAUUGCUGAUAAUGCCACUGGUGUUGAAAACAACAUGUGGAAAUGGGAGCAAGUCAAGGAGGCAUUUUUAGACGUGCGAGUCUACUUGAUUAUGCUUUUCAACUUUGGCAUCAACAUUCCUAAUGGUGGAUUGAGCACUUACAACUCCAUCAUCAUUAACAAUUUAGGCUUCACUCCUGUCAAGUCUGCUCUCAUGGGUAUUCCUACAGGUGUGAUCGCUUCUAUUGCCACUUUCUUCUUCACCUGGCUUGGUGCCCGCUGGAAGAACAGAAGAUGCUUGGUCUCCAUUAUUUCCUUGAUUAUUCCACUGAUUGGGUCUAUCAUUCUCUACGCAGUUGACCAGACAAAGGUCGGCCCUCAACUCUUAGGACUCUACCUGAUGUACUUCUAUUUUGCACCAUAUGUUGUAAUGAUGUCCUGUGUUCAAGCAAACACUUCCGGAAGCACCAAGAAAUCUGUCACAUAUGGCUUCAACUACCUUGGUUACUGUGGAGGAGCUAUUACUGGCACACAGACGUUCAGGAGCAACCAGGCACCUAAGUACACUGGCGGAUUCAUUUCGAUGAUUGUGGCCUAUUGUGUGUCUUUGCUCGAAUUUGACAUCGUUUACAUGACCAGCCCUAAAUCCUCUGUUCUGAUUGUUGGUGCUGGCACCUUUGGCCUUUCCACCGCUCUUCAACUACUCCGCAAAGGCCACAAAAAUGUGACCCUCCUUGACCCGUACGCAAUUCCCUCCCCGCUUGCUGCAGGCAAUGACAUCAAUAAGAUUUUCCAGUCAACAGUCAGUGACGAGUUUUACUCUGAGCUAGCUUUGGAGGCUUUAGAACUGUGGAGAUCUGAUCCUGUAUACCAGCCAGCAUUCCACGAAGUAGGCAUAGUUUACGGUGCUACGGGAGAUGCUGCUGUUGCUGAAAUCAACCAACGCUACAGCCGUCUUAAUUCCAAAGGAGAAGAAAUCCAAAAAUUGGAAACACCGGGAGAUUUUGCAAAGUUAAUUCAGUGGAAAGGAGAUCUUGCAGAUGACCUCAAAUCUUUGGACCUUGAAUCGAGAUUCAAAAAUUGGAAGGGGUAUUUUCAAAAAAAUAAAUGUGGAUGGACGUUUGCAGCAUUGGCUCUGAAUAAUGCCUGGAAAGAAUGUAAAGAGAAGGGGGCUCACUUUUUUCGGGAUGCUGCUGAGGAAUUGCUCAUACAAGGGCCCAACUGUGUGGGGGUUCGCACAUAUUCGGGCGCAAUAUUGAAAGCUGAUCGUGUCGUGAUAUGUGCUGGAGCAAACUCAACAAAAUUACUCAACUACAGAGGCCAACUGCUGGCCAAAUGUUGGACUGUGGGUCACAUCAAGCUCACCUCGGACGAGGCUAAAGCAUUGAAACACUCACCCGUUCUUUUGAACCUAGAUGAAGGUUUCCUUUUUGAGCCUGACGAAAAUGGAAUCCUAAAGUUUUGCAACGAGUUUCCAGGAUACAUAAAUCAAGAUGGAACGGAAAAUAUAUCAGGGCCACUUUAUCGCGACCAAAUCCCUGUCGAGGCUGAAAAGCAAAUGAGAGGGUUUUUAAAGCAGGUUUUUCCCCAAAUCAGCACGCGUCCCUUUGAUGCCGCCAAGAUUUGCUGGUGCACCGACACGCCUGAUCGUCACUUCCUGAUUUGUGAACACCCUGACUUGAACGGCCUCAUUCUAGCAACGGGAGAUUCCGGACAAGGAUUCAAGUAUAUGCCUAUAAUUGGCCAUUACAUAUCCGACCUUGUCAUGAAAGGUGAGUCGGGAUUACCAGAAGUCCAUCGCAAAGCAUGGAGGUGGAGACCAGAGUCAGCCGAGGGAAGAGAUAUUUACAACCUUCAGGGGCGGUUUGGCGGUUCAAACAGAGUUAAGGAUCUCAGUGAGUUGAGCGAUUGGACAAACUGA